AGAGAGCGACUUCAGUGAAACGAAACCUGCUCCGCCAUUUUGCCACGCAACGGCGAAGUGGCAAACCCAGAAGGCGAAGAGCGACGCCGAAAUCCAGUGCGCUGCGGGUCAGAUCUUCGCGAUCAAGCGAGGAAACGCAUUAAAAUGUCGGCGCUGUUCAAUUUCCACGCUUUUCUGUCGGUGGUUCUGUUGGUGAUAUGCACCUGCACUUACAUCAAGAUGCAGUUCCCCGCCAUCCUCGAGCAAAGGACCGGGUUCCGUGGCUUCUUCUGGAAGGCUGCUCGAAUAGGUGAACGCCUAAGCCCCUGGGUCUCUUUGGGUUGCUUUGCAAUGGGUGUUUCCAUUAUCAUUUUCUGAGCAUUUUACGACAUUAGUUUGAUGCUCAGCAGCAUAUUUUCACAUAACAGAAAAUUUUAUUUUAUUUUCUCAUUAGGGAGCUUGAUGGCAGAUCCAACUCGUGAUAUGAAACCAAAACUUGUUUGUGCUGUGUGCAAUGACACCCUUUCCUUGUACAUUAGGGAAAAAAAUUUAGUUGACCAAAUGCCGUAUUAAAUGAAAUUGGUGGAGUAGUUCGCUUCGUUCUGUUAUUUCAUUGUAACAAUGGAAUGGAUGAUAUGAACGCUCUUAUUUUAGAUUGAGCUAUUGAUUCGCUCAGUCUAAUUAUUAUUUAAUGCUAUUUGAUUUGAUUCUGGCAA